UUUCUCACGAGGAGCAGCAGCAGCGGCGCGUCCCCAGAUCGGGAUUUUGGAGCUUCGCCCGCCACAAAGAGAACUUUGUGCUGCCAGAAGACAGAGAUCCUCCUGCCUUCACAGCCCCAGAGCCAAGAUGGAAAAGAAGAACUCAGCUGGGUCGGAAGCAGAACGAGGCUCCGAGGCCACACGGGCAGGGAUCAGUGGGAAAAUCUGGGAAAGGUCUGUGGGAAAUAUUCUGGGUGAAGAUGCCACCAGCUCAGUAGCAGAGAUCCAUCACUUCAGGCAAUUCCGCUACCAGGAGGCUGAGGGGCCCCGAGAGGUUUGCAGCCAACUUCACCAUCUUUGCCACCAGUGGCUGAAGCCUGAAAGGCACAGCAAGAUGGAGAUCGUGGACCAGGUGAUCCUGGAGCAGUUCCUGGCCGUCCUGCCCCCGGAGAUGGAGAGCUGGGUUCGGGAAUGCCGGCCGGAGACCAGUUCCCAGGCGGUGGCCCUGGCAGAAGGCUUCCUCCUGAGCCAGGCAGAGGGUGAGAAUCAGGACCAGCAGGGGCUGUCAGAAGAGGCUGCUGAUUUCUGUGAGGCAGAAAAGGUGCCAUCCGACCUGAGGCAGGGGCCGCUGUUCUGGGGGACCAGACAGGAGAGCGAGGGAGGUGGAGGAAGGACACUAGUGGAUGGAUCUGCAGCUUUGAGAGUUUGUGGUGGACAUCAGGCAGCCUCUGCGCAGCCAGAUCAGGGUGUGGUGACUCUGGAGGAGGUGUCUGUCUGUUUCACCCAGGAGGAGUGGGCGCUGCUGGAUCCGGACCAAAGGACAUUGUACAGGGAAGUCAUGACGGAGAAUUGCAGGAAUCUUGAUUUUCUCGAGCACGAGUGCAUGAGAAUGGGAGAAGAAGAUAAAAAGGGAACUGAAGCAAUAUCAAAGUGGAGAAUGAAUUCCAUUGUUUCUGAAGAUGCCAAUUCCCCUGAAAUUCAAGUCCAGGAAGAAAGUCACAAAAGAAAUAAAAUAAUUCUCACUCAGUGUGCUAAAAUCUUAACUAGGAAAUCAAGGUUUAGCUCACGUCUGCAAAUGCAAAAUCAGAGAAAUCAUGUGGAAGGGUCAGAGUGUGGGAAGAGCUUCAGCCUGGGCCAAGACCUUAUUUUACAUGAAAAACUGCACACCCAGGAAAUGCUACAGUGUGAAAAAGAUCAAAAAAUGGAACACCUAACUCAACAACAAAGAGAGCACAUAAGUGAGAAACCUAAUAGAUGUUCAGAUGGCAAAAGGAGCUUCAGCCGUAGCUCAAAGCAUUCUUCCCAUCAUAGAGGAGAGAAACCUAAUAAAUGUUCCGAUUGCGGGAAAAUCUUCAAAAGUAGGUCCUACCUUACUUUCCAUAAAAGAAUCCAUACAGGAGAGAAACCAUAUAAAUGCUCAGAAUGCAAGAAGAGCUUCAGAUGGAAAAGUGAUCUUGCUGUUCACAAGAAAAUGCACAAUGCUGAAGACGCAUAUAAAUGCCCAGAGUGUGGAAAAAGCUUGAAAUGUAGAGCAAGCAUUAUUUCCCAUCAAAGAAUGCAUGCAGGUGAGAAACCAUAUAAAUGCUCAGAGUGUGGAAAGGGCUUUUAUUGGAAGGCCCACCUGACUAACCAUCAAACAGCCCACACAAGGGAGAAAACAUUUAAAUGUUCAGAUUGCGGAAAGAUGUUCAGAUAUAGAUUCUACCUUACUUUCCAUCAAAGAAUCCACACAGGAGAGAAACCGUAUAAAUGCUCAGAAUGCGAGAAGAGCUUCAGAUGGAAAAGUGACCUUUCUGUUCAUGAGAGAAUGCACAAUGCUAAAGAUGCAUAUAAAUGCUCAGAGUGUGGAAAGAGCUUCAACUGUAGAGCAAGUAUUAUUUCCCAUCGAAAAAUGCAUGCAGGUGAGAAACCACAUAAAUGUUUAGAAUGUGGAAAGAGUUUUACCAACCGUUCCGGCCUUGCUAUGCACCACAGAAUUCACACAGGGGAGAAACCAUAUAAAUGCUCAGAGUGUGGAAAGAGCUUUUAUCAGAAGGCUUACCUGACUAGCCAUCAAAAAACCCACACAGGGGAGAAACCAUUUAAAUGUUCAGAUUGCGGAAAGAUGUUCAGAUGUAGAUCCUACCUUACUUUCCAUCAAAGAAUCCACACGGGAGAGAAACCAUAUAAAUGCUCAGAAUGCGAGAAGAGCUUCAGAUGGAAAAAGUACCUUUCUAUUCACAAGAGAAUGCACACUGGUGAAAAACUCUAUAAAUGCUCAGUUUGUGAAAAGAGUUUCAUCUAUAGGUCAAGUGUUAUUUCCCAUCAAAGAAUCCAUGCAGGGGAGAAACCACAUAAAUGUUCAGAAUGUGGAAAAAGCUUCCAUCGUAAGGGCAAACUUACUUCCCAUCAAAGAAUCCACAGACAGGAGAAACCUUAUCACUGCUCAGAGUGUGGAAAGAGCUUUAGUGGCCAUUCAGGCCUUGCUUAUCAUCACAUAAUGCACACAGGGGAGAAACCAUAUAAGUGCUCAGAAUGUGAAAAGAGCUUUACUUCCCAUUCCGGUCUUGCUUAUCAUCUCAGAAUCCACACAGGGGAGAAACCAUUGAAAUGCUCAGAAUGUGGAAAGAACUUUAGGUCCCAUUCCGGACUUAUUUAUCAUCUCAGAAUCCACACAGGGGAAAAACCAUUUAAAUGCUCAGAAUGUGGAAAGAACUUUAGGUCCCAUUCUGGACUUGCUUAUCAUCACAGUAUCCACAAAGGGGAGAAACCUUAUGACUGCUCCAAAUGUGAAAAGAGCUUCAGUAAGAAGGCCGUCCUUACGUCUCAUCAGAAAACUCACACAAGGGGGAACUUGGCCGUCAGUGAGCCCUACGGGAAGGUCGGGGUGUCAAAGCGUAUCGAUGCAAGUGGGGCUCAGAAAUCCCAGCUUCGCCUUCAUCUUGUGCCUGAGCAGGAAAAGGACCCUGAGAUUGUCAUAAGGGAAGAAGGCUUCCUCCUGAGCCGAGGAGGGAUAAAUGGGGAAUUCUGGGGAAAACUCGUGCAAAAUAUUCUGGACGAGGAUGCCACCAGCUCAGUAGCAGAGGUCCAUCACUUCAGGCAAUUCCGCUACCAGGAGGCUGAGGGGCCCCGAGAGGUUUGCAGCCGACUUCACCGUCUUUGCCACCAGUGGCUGAAGCCAGAACAGCACAGCAAGAUGGAGAUCGUGGACCUGGUGGUUCUUGAGCAGCUCCUGGCCAUCCUGCCUCCGGAGAUGGAGAGCUGGGUGAGGGAAUGCGGGCCAGAGACCAGUUCCCAGGCAGUGGCCCUGGCAGAAGGCUUCCUCCUGAGCCAGGCAGAGGGCGAGAGUCAGGACCAGCAGGGGCUGUCAGAAGAGGCUGCUGAUUUCUGCGAGGCAGAAAAGGCGCCAUCCGACCUGAGGCAGGGGCCGCUGUUCUGGGGGACCCCACAGGAGAGCGAGGGAGGUGGUGGAAGGACACUAGUGGAUGGAUCUGGAACUUUGAGACUUUGUGGUGGACAUCAAGCAGCCUCUGAGGAGCAAGACCAGGGGCUGCUGACUCUUGAGGAGGUGUCUGUCUGUUUCACCCAGGAGGAGUGGGCGCUGCUGGAUCCGGACCAAAGGACAUUGUACAGGGAAGUCAUGGUGGAGAAUCGCAGGAAUCUGGCCUUUCUCGAGCAUGACUGUAAGAAAAAAGAUGAACAGCAUAAAAGGGGAACUGAAGCAAUAUCGAAGUGGAGCUCAAAGCAUUCUUCCCAUCAAACAGGAGAGAAACCUUUUACAUGUUCAGAUUGCGGAAAGGUCUUCAGCUGGCAUGCUGACUUUGCUCUUCACAGAAGAAUUCACACAGGGGAGAAGCCAUAUAAAUGCGCAGAGUGUGGAAAGAGCCAUAGCUCCCAAUCUGGACUUGCUUAUCAUCACAGAACCCACACAGGGGAGAAGCCACAUAAAUGUUCAGAAUGUGGAAAGCACUUCUGUGAUAAUAGUGGUCUUAUUGUCCAUCAAAGAACCCAUAUAGGGGAGAAACCAUAUCAAUGCUCAGAAUGUGGAAAGAGCUUCCAGUAUAACAAGAGCCUCACUUACCAUCAAGGAACUCACACAGGAGAGAAACCAUAUAAAUGCUCAGAAUGUGGAAAGGGCUUCAUUUCCUCUGCAGGUCUUGCUUAUCAUCACAGAAUCCACACAGGGGAGAAACCACAUAAAUGUUCAGAAUGUGGUAAGAGCUUCUAUGAUAAUCGCCAUCUCAUUGUCCAUCAAAGAACCCACACUGAGGAAAAACCAUAUAUAUGCUCAAAGUGUAAAAAGAGCUUCUAUGAUAAUCGCAGUCUUAUUGUCCAUCAAAGAACCCACACUGAGGAGAAGCCACAUAUAUGCUCGAAGUGUGGAAAGAGCUACAGUCAAAAGCAUGGCCUCACUUACCAUCAAAGAUCCCACACAGGUGAGAAGCCGUAUAAAUGCCCAGAAUGUGGAAAGAGCUUUACCUCCUCUUCAGGCCUUGCUUAUCAUCACAGAAUCCACACAGGGGAGAAACCACAUAAAUGUUCAGAAUGUGGUAAGAGCUUCUAUGAUAAUCGCCAUCUCAUUGUCCAUCAAAGAACCCACACUGGGGAAAAACCAUAUAUAUGCUCAAAGUGUAAAAAGAGCUUCUAUGAUAAUCGCAGUCUUAUUGUCCAUCAAAGAACCCACACUGAGGAGAAGCCACAUAUAUGCUCAGAGUGUGGAAAGAGCUUCCAUCAUAAGGAAAGCCUCACUUCCCAUCAAAGAUCCCACACAGGGGAGAAGCCACAUAUAUGCUCAGAGUGUGGAAAGAGCUUCCCUCAUAAGAAUAGCCUCACUUACCAUCAAAGAACCCACACAGGGGAAAAACCAUAUAAAUGUUCAGAAUGUGGAAAGAGCUUCCCGCAUAAGAAUAGCCUCACUUACCAUCAAAGAACCCACACAGGGGAGAAACCAUAUAAAUGUUCAGAAUGUGGAAAGAGCUUUAUCUCUUCUAAAGGCCUUGCUUAUCAUCACAGAAUCCACACAGGGGAGAAACCACAUAAAUGUUCAGAAUGUGGAAAGUGCUUCUGUGAUAAGGGCACUCUUAUUGUCCAUCAAAGAAUCCACACUGGGGAGAAACCAUAUAUAUGCUCGAAGUGUGGAAAGAGCUUCAAUCAAAAGAAUAGUCUCACUUACCAUCAAAGAACCCAUACAGGGGAGAAACCAUAUAAAUGCUCAGAAUGUGGAAAGAGCUUCUCUGUUAAUCGUUGUCUUAUUGCCCAUCAAAGAACUCACAAGUAAAUGGAAAGAAGUCUGCCCAAUCAGGGAAAUCUGGAAAGACAAAAUGUCAGAAUAUGGGGUGAUGGCAAAACUGACAAGUUACAUAAAUUGAAGGCCAAUUAAAGAAUUUGAAGACAAAU